UUCUUCUUCCUCCUCCCACAAAGGAAAAUCUGUUAAACCCUAAUUUCAACAAUCAAAGACACCCAGAAACACUUCAGUCAGAAAUUCAAAACAAGAAACAUGGUGAAAGUCACACCUACAUUACGCGCAAUGAUCACAAUAAGACUAACUUCAUUCGAAAAAAUCCCGAACCUAUUUCCUCCACCAUCACACUUUCCCGAGAAAAUAACAAAACCACCCAAUCAAUUUUCCCAGAAACCCCCGGCAAAAAUCCCUGACUUAGACAUAUCCAAGAAAUUCGAAAUUACCCAACAAAAAAAGACACUCUUUAAGUCGCCGGAACCCAACGAAGCCAAGAAACUAUUCACUUCUCUCAUUUCCAGUACCCAAGUCCCGCCCGACCCGAUUUUCCUCAACUCAUUUUUUGAAUCCUACACUGCGAUCUCCACCGUUGAUGAUUCAAUCUCUCUUCUCCGCCACAUGAUUGAAUCUCUCCCUUCGUUCACUCCUGACUUGUCCACUUACCACAUUAUACUCUCUAAAUCUUGCAAAUUACCUGAUCGUACCCUCUCCCAAGUUCUUCAAGUUCUUGAUCUUAUGAAGGGUAACGGGUUUAACCCGAAUCAAGUAACUGUUGAUGUUGCUGUUAGGUCACUUUGUUCUGCUGGUGGAGAAGGUGUUGCUGUUAAAUUGGUAAAGGAAUUGUCUUCAAAGUAUUUAACUCCUGAUGUUUCUACUUAUAAUUAUCUUAUUCAGUGUUUGUGUAAGUCUAGAGCUUUGAGCAGUGUUUUUGCUUUCGUUGUUGAGAUGCAGUCUGAAUUCGAUGUAAAGGCGAACCAUGAUACUUAUGCUAUAUUGGUUGAUAGUGUUUGUAAUGCCAAGAGUCUUUGUGAGGGUAUGAGGCUGUUACGUAUGUAUCGGAAUUGUGGGGUUGAGCCGGAUUGUUUUCUUUAUAAUGCAAUUAUGAAAGGUUUUUGUAAGUUGGGUAAAAAUGGGGAGGUGGUUGAGGUUUUUAAGAAUAUGAAAGAGGAUGGUGUCGAGCCUGAUCUUUUAACUUAUAAUAGUUUGAUUAUUGGGUUAUCGAAAUGUGGGAGAGUUCGAGAUGCACUAAUGUAUCUUCAAGUUAUGGUUGAAUCGGGUUGUGUUCCUAAUGUCGUUAUGUAUACUGCGUUGAUGGAUGGAUUGUGUAGAGAAGGUGAUGCAUUGGGUGCAUUGGCUUUGUUGGAGGAGAUGGAGAAGAAAGGUUGUAGUCCGGAUUCAUGCACGUAUAAUUUACUGCUUUUGUAUAUGUGCAAAGAGGGAUUGUUGGAUAAAGGAAUUGAGUUGUAUAAUGCUAUGAAAGAAGCUGGUAUGCAACUUGAGAGGGCUUCUUAUGGGACAUUUGUGAGGGCUCUUUGUGGGGAAGGCAAGGUUGAUGAGGCUUAUGAGGUGUUUGAUUAUGCCGUUGAAAGUAAGAGUUUAACUGAUGCUUCUGCUUACAUGACUUUGGAAAGCGCACUUAAGUCACUGACUAAAACAACAGAGAAGGUUCUUGCUGUCUAACUGGUCAGUUGGUUUCUGGCGAACCAAAUAAAAAGGAACAGAGUGGUCGUUUUUUACAUAUAGCAGUUGCAAAUAAUGACGGAAGAAAGAGGAACGGCAUGCUUUUAGCUUUAGCAGUUUCAAGUAAUUGAAUUUAAGCACCGUUGAUCUUCUCAAAAACUUAUGUAGAUGCUUCUAACGUAUGUUUGGCAUGGAAAUAGAGAUCUUCGACUGCUUCCCAAGACGCCGUCUGACGUGAAUUGGAAAACUCGACCCGUGUUAAUUAUUAUCUUCAGUGGUUCUUUUGAAAUCAUAUGCAUCUUUUAGCAUCAUAGUUUUGCCUUCUCUUUUAUAUUUAUUGAUGAUUUAAUUUGGUUCAAUUAUAUUGUAGGCAAAAGAUAUCGAUAAGCCUAUGUGGUCCGAGUUUAGGAAUAUUUAAGCCUCUCUAGUGAAUGGAGGCUCAUUUAAAUUCACGGACUCUAAUAAACGGUACAAACAAGCCAUAUCGUUAAUCACUGUUUAACUCC